GUACAGUGUUAUUAUGUUUAACGGUUUUCUUCUGUUUCUCCCUUUCCACAGUCCUGCACGCUGGUUGGUCGCGAUGCUGCAGUGAACCGGAAAAAAGAGGAAAAAAAUCCGCUUCAUUCGGACAACUGCGCCACACGUGGGGUUUUUCAGUGGACAACGACGUAUACGAAGUAGACGACGUGGGAUAUUUUUACCACAAAUUCUUUGUCUUUAAUGUCGCCGGAGCGGCUAGUACGUAGUUCCAAGCGCGUUGUUUACAAAUAUUCGCACGAGUUUCAGUACCCCACUUUCGAACAUGGAGGGUGAUGACAAUGCUACCGAUUGCGACGGCAUCGACCUAGACAGACUGUGCCAGUGUGACGUGGACGACGAGGACGACGGCUGGGACCAGUGGGAUGGAUACGCUCCUGUCAAAUACUUCACGUAUGAACUCUCUGUGCGAGGUCGUCUCCGCAGACUUCUAGUGAAGAAUCCAUCCACCAGACUGUACAGUACACUGUUUGACUUGGUUGUGAACACUGUGCUGUGUUCUCUGUACGUGACUCGAGUCUGCCUUGACAAUGAAGACCAGUACAGAUGCCAUGGUCAGCCAUGCACGACAAGCAACGUUUCGGUCAGUAAGUCUGGAUUUUCCUCAACAGCCAUCAACUGGUAUGUGUUGCUAUGGGUGUACCGCCCCCUCCCAUUGUGGAUUGCCCAGAUACUGUUAUCUGUAGUUACUCUGGUGAAAGCAUCGUUACAAGUUUACGUCAUGACAAAGGGAACCCGGCGAGAUAACAUUUUGCACUUUUCCUUUCUUUUGGAGCUGUUCUGUUCAUUAAGCAUCAUAGUAACAGCCUUCUAUCCAGUAAUACUCCGCCAUAUCUUUGUUCCGACGUUCAUCCGGUGCUGGUUGGCGAAGAGAGCUUUACAGAAAAUCCUAAAUGACCUGCACCUCACCAAGCAGCGUUUUCAGACGAUCUCCGUAAUUCUGUCACAGCAGAUGUUGUUACUCAAUGUUACUCUGUUCUGUCUCAUCUUCACAACUGUGUGUGGGAUCCAGCACAUCCAGCGCGGCAGUGACACGACGUCGCUCAGUCUGUUCGAGUCAGUCUACUUUGUGAUCGUGACGUUCUCCACUGUUGGAUACGGAGAUAUCUCACCGGACAUCUGGCUCGGACAGCUCUUCAUGUUUGUCAUGAUCUGUGUGGCCUUCGCCUUCAUACCCAGACAGCUGGAGCAGAUUGCGACGACGUGGAUCCAGCGGAAGCGGUCUGGUGGUGAGUUCAGCCGCAGGAAGUCCCGCCGUAACAAGCACGUGGUUGUGUGUUCAACCGUCUUCACCACCGAGACCAUCAUGAACUUCCUCAACGAGUUCUACGCACAUCCCAAGUUAGAGGAACACACAGUCGUGCUGCUGAGUUCCCAGGAGCUGGACACGAGGAUGCAGAUGAUAUUCAAGGACCCUAAGUGGGCAAACAGAGUCGUGUACAUCCGCGGGUCGGUCCUCAAAGACAUCGACCUCAAGAGAUGCAGAAUCAGUGACGCAGAUGCGUGUUUCUUCUUGGGUGACAAACAGUGUGCUAAUAGUGAUAGAGCGGAUCAACAUUCCAUUCUGCGGUCGUGGGCUGUGAAGGAUUUCGCUCCCAAGUGUCAGCAGUACAUCCAGCUGUUUAAAACAGAGAACAAGAUGCACGUCAAGUUUGCAGAACAUGUUGUGUGUGAAGAUGAAUUUAAAUAUGCUCUCUUGGCCAACAACUGUCUGUACCCGGGAUUGUCAACACUCGUCAUGUUGUUACUUCACACAUCCAGGGGCAGAGAGGGUGAGAUUGCUUUGGAACCAUGGCAACAGGUUUACGGUCGUCACUCUGGUAACGAGAUCUACCACAUCCAGCUUGGCCGCAGCACAUUUUUCCGACAGUACGACGGCAAAUCCUUCACAACCGCAUCGGCCAACGCCCACCAGAGGUUUGGGAUUUCCCUGGUUGCCGUUCUGGACAUCACGCGAGCAGACCCACAGUUACAGCUGAAUCCCGGCCCUGACUACAUCCUGAAGAGCUCCGACUACUGCUUCUACAUGGGAGUCACACGCGAGGAGUACUCCAAAGUUAGUGACCUUGCACAGAACCGAACCUUCAUUCCGUCGGCUGCCAGAACUAGAAAUAUAGAGCUAAUAGCAAAUGAAAUCCAGAAAUGGCUACAGAGUGAAGAUGAUGUUGAAGAUGAGAGUCUGUUUAGUACAAUCACAUCACAGCUGACUAAACAAUGUCUACAUGGUCCUGAACGAAUUCCCCUGAUAAAUCUCGGUAACCACGGUGACGGCAAUAACGUGGACUUGUUUCACCAGCACCAGUUGCUCCGACAGAUGAGUGACCCCGAGGAGUCUGUGGAGUAUGUGACCUCGGAGAACAUCAAUGCAUCAAACAAAGUCUCACAGAUCUUCCCAGAGAUGGCCAUCGAAGGAUUUACCAUUGGGUCACCUCCGUGCACACUGUACAUUGGCAGUAAGCGGACUCUGUGUCACCUACACAUCAACAGACGACCCAUGUGCUGUACAGAGUGGGGAAAGGACUGUGAACACGUGACGUUCAAGAAUGCGAACGACGAGCGCUGGGACAACCAGCUGGUCAUACUGACAGCACAGACGGCCAACGCGGGAAUCUAUAACUUCAUCGUGCCGCUCCGGUCGAGCUUCCACAGUUUCAACUCUCUCAGUCCUAUUAUACUGCUUCUAGAACAGCAACCAGAACAAAUAUUUCUUGAAACCAUUGCACAUUUUCCAUUUGUUUUUUGGAUGCAAGGCAAGAUGACAAGUAUUGACGACCUGUUGGUCGCAGGUAUUAACAAGGCAUCUCACAUCGUGAUAGCUAACCGAGAAUCAGACUCGGAUACCAGUGAAGAGAGACUUGUUGAUGCGGAAAUUGUCGUAGCAGUACACAAAAUAUACAGAUUAUUUCCGAAUGCCAACGUGAUAACGGAACUGAACGACGCGUCUAACAUGAGAUUCAUGCAGUUUGAGGCACACGAUGCCUACACGGUGGAAAUUUCAAAACUAGAAAAGAAACUGAAGGAACAGACAAGCUCAAAUCUACCACAUCUUUUCCGUCUUCCGUUCGCCGCGGGUCACAUGUUCAGUGCGUCCAUGUUGGAUGGACUCCUUUAUCAGACAUUCGUCAAGGGCUACCUGAUCAGUUUUCUUCGACUCAUGCUGGGAAUCGAUGCCCAGGAGAACUCUGGCCAUCUUUCUAGCGUUCGUGUUCAGAAAGCAACAGUUACACAGUUCCCAACUUACGGUGACCUUUACAUUGGUCUGUGCUCCACGACUGGGGAAAUCCCUAUUGCUAUUUAUAGAACGGAGAAGAAGCCGACUCCCAGCGCGGAGAAGGAAGAACAGCUCUCCAUGAAGCAAACUUCCUUAUCGCAUCAUGCAACAUCACUAGGGAUAGAGAACAACAACAUCCGAAAGAUGAAGGGGUCGCGGGGUCGGCCGUCGUUGUCGAAGGGGAAACUGUUCAGCGGUGACAAGGACAACACCGACAUCCUCGAUCUCAUCGCCAGUCGACUCAAGAGUCUCAACAUGCACCCGGAGAGAGUUACUGACAAGUCUCCAGGGCAGACGUUAUCUUAUGUUAUUGUAAAUCCCUCCCCCAAGAGGAAGCUCCGGCAUGGAGAUAUCAUUUACGUAAUCCAGCCCAGUCACAUGUGUGCUGUUCCCAACAAACUGAAAUGGAACCGGUCACGGAAGCGUGUAUCGUCCAUUUCUCGAUCAUUGUCCAUCCCUCGAUCGACUAACUUCAAAGUGGAGCGGGUGACGACCCCGACCAGUGAACCCACCUCCCCGAGCGGGGGGAAGAGUGUCAGCUGGAACGAUCUGCCAAAAAAUGCCGAUGGAGACAGAAGCGCCACUGAGAACAAACAAGAGAAACUGUCGGAGAAAUUCCGACGAUCAGCGGGCCACAGAGCACGCUCCAAGUCCGAGUCUUUGAGUGACCGAGAACAAACUCAAGAAUAAACUCUGUCAAGUGUUGAAACUCAGCUAUAAACUUCACCUGUUUUAUCAUGUGAUGGAACUCAACUAUUAACUCCAGUAGUUUUAUCAAGUGAUAGAACUCAACUAUUAACUCUAGUAGUUUUAUCAUGUGAUGGAAUUCAACUAUUAACUCUAGUAGUUUUAUCAGGUGUUGGAACUCAACAGUAAUCUCAAUCAAUCAAGUGUUGAAACACAAACAUAAACUCUAGCUGUUUUAUCAAGUGAUGGAACUCGAACUAUUAACUCUAGUAGUUUUAUCAUGUGAUGGAAUUCAACUAUAAACUCUAGUAGUUUUAUCAGGUGUUGGAACUCAACAGUAAUCUCAAUCAAUCAAGUGUUGAAACUCAAACAUAAACUCUAGCUGUUUUAUCAAGUGAUGGAACUCAAACUAUUAACUCUAGUUGUUUUAUCAGGUGUUGGAACUCAACAGUAAACUCCAUCAAGUGUUGAAACUCAACUGUAAACUCUAUCAAGUGAUAGAACUUAACUAUUAACUAGUAGUUUUAUCAUGUGAUGGAAUUCAACUAUUAACUCUAGUAGUUUUAUCAGGUGUUGGAACUCAACAGUAAUCUCAAUCAAUCAAGUGUUGAAACACAAACAUAAACUCUAGCUGUUUUAUCAAGUGAUGGAACUCGAACUAUUAACUCUAGUUGUUUUACCAGGUGUUGAAACUCAACAGUAAACUCUGUCAAGUGUUGAAACUCAACCGUAAACUCUAGCUGUUUUAUCAAGUGAUAGAACUCAACUAUUAACGCUAGUUGUUUUAUCAGGUGUUGGAACUCAACAGUAAACUCCAUCAAGUGUUGAAACUCAACCGUAAACUCUAGCUGUUUUAUCAAGUGAUAGAACUCAACUAUUAACUCUAGUAGUUUUAUCAUGUGAUGGAAUUCAACUAUAAACUCUAGUAGUUUUAUCAGGUGUUGGAACUCAACAGUAAUCUCAAUCAAUCAAGUGUUGAAACUCAAACAUAAACUCUAGCUGUUUUAUCAAGUGAUGGAACUCAAACUAUUAACUCUAGUUGUUUUAUCAGGUGUUGGAACUCAACAGUAAACUCCAUCAAGUGUUGAAACUCAACUGUAAACUCUAUCAAGUGAUAGAACUUAACUGUUAACUCUAGUAGUUUUAUCAUGUGAUGGAAUUCAACUAUUAACUCUAGUUGUUUUAUCAUGUGUUGGAACUCAACAGUAAUCUCAAUCAAGUGUUGAAACUCAACCAUAAACUCUAGCUGUUUUAUCAUGUGAUGAAACUCAACUAUCAACUCUAGCUGUUUUAUCAAGUGAUGGAACUCAACUGUUAACUCUAGUUGUUUUAUUGAGUGUUGGAACUCAACUAUUAACUUUAGUUGUUUUAUCAAGUGUUGGAACUCAACCAUGAACUCUGGUUGUUUUAUCAAGUGAUAGAACUCAACAAUAAACUUCAGUUGUUUUAUCAAGUGUUGGAACUCAACUAUAAACUCGAGCUGCUGUGUUUGAACUUGACAAUAAUCUCUAGCUAUUUUAUCAAGUGUUGGAAUUCAACUAUAAACUUUACCUCUUUUAUUAAGUAUUAGAACUUGACAAUAAACUUGAUCUAGCUACUUAAUGGAGGGAGUAAACUCACACAAAAACUAAAUAAAACAGUGAUGGAAUUCUGCAAUAAACUAGCUGUUUUAUCAAGUGACUCUAGCUGUUUUGUUAAGUGUUGGAACUCGACAGUAAACUGUAGCUGUUUUAUCAAGUGACUCUAGCUGUUUUAUCAAGUGAUGGAACUCAACAAUAAACUAGCUGUUUUAUCAAGUGUUGGAAUUCAACUAUAAACACUAUCUAUUUUAAACGAUGGACCUCAAACUUGAUCUAGCUACUGAAGGGAGAAAUCUCAAGACUGCACAGCUCUAGCAUAGCUGUUUUCAGUUUUAUCAAGUCAUGGUUCAUGAAUUAACUUUUAAAUUAGUAGUUUUCUGUUUUAUCAAGUCAUGGUUCACGAAUUAACUUUUAAAUUAGUAGUUUACUGUUUUAUCAAGUCAUGGUUCACGAAUUAACUUUUAAAUUAGUAGUUUACUGUUUUAUCAAGUCAUGGUUCAUGAAUUAACUUUUAAAUUAGUAGUUUACUGUUUUAUCAAGUCAUGGUUCAGGAAUUAACUUUUAAAUUAGUAGUUUACUGUUUUAUCAAGUCAUAGAUCACAAAUUAACUUUUAAAUUAGUAGUUUACUGUUUUAUCAAGUCAUGGUUCACGAAUUAACUUUUAAAUUAGUAGUUUACUGUUUUAUCAAGUCAUGGUUCAGGAAUUAACUUUUAAAUUAGUAGUUUACUGUUUUAUCAAGUCAUGGAUCACUAAUUAACUUUUAAAUUAGUAGUUUACUGUUUUAUCAAGUCAUGGUUCAGGAAUUAACUUUUAAAUGAGUACCGUAUUUGACCGGAAAUAAGCCCAUGUCUUUGAAUAAGCCCACCUCCGUUUUGAUAGCAUUUAAGAAAUUAGGCCCUC